AUGAUAGUGUAUUGUGUAAACUAUUUAAGUGGUGUUCCCAUUGGUUUCGAUGAUCAAGUGAAGAGCGUUUGGUUUAAUUACGUGAACCACACGUUAAGCGCACUGAAAGAUGCGGUCAUUAACGAGAAUCAAACACAAAACCAUAACAUUAUGGAAACUAUCGGUGAAUCACAAAAAGGCAAACUCUGGGCCAAUCAAAAGUGUCUGCCGAAAAAAUGGGUCACCAGAAGCUCCCGUGAAGAGUUUCUGUACUACUCCACCCACACCUCCGCAGCCAAAAGGGAUGGCCUAUUGAUAUGGAGGUCGUCGUCGAAGAGAUCGGAGGAUAAUCGGAACCGAAUUGUAUUCAUAUCAAUGACCGGUUCUGUGCUGUACUUGACCUCAGCCUCACCUGUCCAUCGGCUUUGCUUUUUGGUAGUGGAGGUGUGGCUCAAGGACUCGAUGGGACGGCCGAACUCAGGUGUGUUAAAAAUGAGUCUCUCAUUCCUGGGCUUCUAUUCGGAAUGUAUUGACACAAAAGCGCCAAACUUUGAGACAAAGUACUGUUUGGCGACAAUUCAUUUGCCGAAAACAAAUUCCGAUUUCUUUCACAAAUUAACAAACUUGACGUCAAAUAUACUGUCGAAAGUUCCCGUACGGGUCGGCACAUGUGUUCCCGCCUCGUGUUCACCACAAUUUGUGGCCAAACUCUUCUCCAGAAUCUCUUCAUCACUGAUAAGCGAAUCCAGUGUUUCGGUCAACAAAUGCUAUAAAAGAAGCGACGAUAACAUUGAAACAGACAUUUCAUCGAUUAUUGUAAUUUCUGUGUUCGGACUCAUACUAGCGAUGGUAAUAGUGGGCACUCUAUGCGAUCACUGGGCGCUGGAAAGUCACUCUCAGUUGGAACUACUCUUUCAUCCAAAUAAUACGGAUUCCCAGAAGAUUACCAAAUCAUUUGAAUCAUACGAGAAGAGCUCCAAAUCGCUUCUCUAUGAGAUUCUCAUUUGCUUUUCGGUCAAAAUAAACGCCCGAAAAAUAUUCGACACAAAAGGCACCGACACUACGAUACAAGUGUUUCACGGCAUUCGUGUCCUCUCCAUGUUAUGGAUACUAAUCGGUCAUUCGUUCGCAUUCGCCGUCCAAUGGAUGACAUUCAGAAAUCCUUUAGUGAUACGAGAAGUGCCUCAAAAUAUAAUGAGUCAGUUAUUAGCGAACGGAACCUUUUCGGUCGACUGUUUCUUCUUCAUAAGUGGAUUUUUAGUCUCAUAUAUAGCGAUGACAAAAAUGAAAAGAAGCGAAAAGUCUCUCAACAACUCGAGACCCAAUAUAUUGCUCUUCUAUUUCCAUCGAUACCUACGAAUGACACCAUCAAUGAUGGCAGUGAUCGCCUUCAGCGCCACUUUACUCCGGUAUUUGGGUUCUGGCCCUCAAUGGACUCAAUCCAUAACUAUGUUCAACGGCUGGUGUCAGAAGAAUUGGUGGAUUAACAGCUUAUAUCUACACAAUUUUGUCAAUACCCAGAAUAUGUGUUUAAGUCAUUCGUGGUAUUCAGCAGUCGAUAUGCAAUUCUACUUCUUGUCGCCACUGAUUCUCAUCCCGUUAUACAUGAAGCCAAUGCUGGGAAUAUGUUUAGCAAUAGUGGCUCUGUUCGCUUCCAUGGGGUUCACUGGGUAUCUGACACUAAUCAACGGCUUCCCAGCCGUCCCUUAUAUCAAUGAUGUCAUCGAACAGGCAGUGGUCGACAAAUACUAUGCACUGCUUUACAUAAAGCCUUACUGUAGAGUUGGCCCGUAUUUGGUGGGCAUUCUCUUGGCGUACGCUAUCUAUACGUCCAAAGGAGAUAUCAAAAUGAAAAAAUUCUAUUCAAUUACGGGUUGGUUUAUCUCGUUUGUGGUCAGUUUCGGUGUACUGUUCGCUAUGCUUCCGGCCAACAACGGCAACGUUCCCGAAGUACACAUCGCAGCCCUGUAUAGCUCCACAUCGCGAACCAUUUGGGCGCUGAGUCUGGCGUGGGUUACGUUCGCCUGCAUUACAGGCAACGGCGGUUUCGUCAACGCCUUCCUAUCGGCGCGCGUAUGGAUGCCAUUGAGUCGACUGACGCACUGCUCCUAUUUGGUCCAUCCCAUCGUCAUGUCUGUCCUCUACGGCAGUCGCGAACAUCCCUUCGACUUUUCGAGUUAUCUUUUCACAUACUUCACAAUUAGCCACAUAUUUAUAACAUAUAUCGUAUCGUUCGUACUCUCAUUGCUGAUAGAGUCGCCAUUCAUCGCCAUUUCCAGGCUAUUCAUCACCAGAAGGACGUGAAACUGGAGUGAAACUCUAAAACUAGAGCUUUUCAUAGUAUAUAUAGAUUGAUCACAAUGUAUAUAGACUUUACUUACAUUAUGCUAACAGACAAACCCUAAGACAAUAUCAAAUUUACAUAUCUAUAAGAAUAUACUAAAGGGUCGCACAAAUGAUGCCGUCAUUCAUACCGUCCGACG